UCACAAUGUCUUCUUCAAGAUUUAUCUUCUUUGUUUAUCAUCUAGCCCUUGCUCUCAUUCUCCAAAAAGCUUUUGGAUCCCAAAACUGUUCAAACUCCGGCAAUUUCGCUGCCAACAGUCCCUAUGCAGUCAACUUGAAUGACCUCCUUAACUACCUUACCAGUCAAACCCCUCAAACACGGUUCGCCAAUGCUUCCUUCGGUCAGCCGCCGGACCGAGUUUACGGCCUCGCCCUCUGCAGAGGCGACAUGUCGAGCCAAGACUGCGAAACCUGCGUCAGAGAAGCGGCCUCCGAGAUACAAAACCGUUGCCCCAACAACAAAGGUGCAAUCAUCUGGUAUUACGAUUGCCUCGUCAAGUAUUCAAACACGGACUUCUUCGGCCAGAUCGAUACUCAGAACAAGUUCUACAUUCAGAACCCGAACAACGCGGCGAAUCCGACGGCGUUUAAUCUGCAGACCGAAGGAUUGCUGAAGCAACUGACUUACCAAGCUUCUAGAAACAGCACACUGUAUGCCGCUGGUGAGUUACAGGUCUACGGACUGCAGAGAGUUUACGGGUUGACUCAGUGCACGAGGGAUCUUUCCCCGAGUGACUGUAAGAAGUGUCUUGAAGACUUGAUCAGUGAGUAUCUUCCGUUGUGCUGUAAUGGGAGGGAAGGAGGCAGGCUCUACAGUGGCAGUUGUUUAGCUCAAUAUGAAGUAUUCCGUUUCAUUAGGGGUUAAACCACUCUGAAA